AUGAAGUUAACUGCGAACCGCACCCGCAGUUUAUGUACAAUCGAUAGUAGAUUUCAUUUCUGUCAAAUGGAUAAUGGCAGCGACGGCAAUUGAUAUAAUGUUGCAGAACAGUGGGUUUCAAUCGAAGAAAAAAGAGGAUCCAGAAAAUAAAGACAACUUAUGGUCCUCUAUUUUGGCCGAAGUACAAAAUAGUAGCAGUAACAAAUUACCAUCGAACAAGAAUAUUCUUGUCUUAGGUGACAAUGAAAGUGGAAAAACCACUCUUAUUGCUAAGUUACAAGGUGUAGAAGAUCCAAAGAAAGGUUCUGGUUUGGAGUUUGCAUACAUUGAUGUGAGAGAUGACUAUAGAGAUGAUCAAACAAGAUUAUCUGUAUGGGUAUUAGAUGGUGAUCCUGGUCAUGCAAAUCUUUUGAGAUUUGCAUUAAAUGCAGAAAGAUUUCCACAUACACUUAUUAUGUUAGUCGCUGCAAUGACGACUCCUUGGGCUAUUCUUGACCAGCUUCAAUCUUGGGCUGCACUUUUGGGAGAUCAUAUUGAUAAACUUUCUUUAGAUAAUGAUACUUGGCAACGGUGCAGGCAAUUUAAUAUAAAAAAAUGGCAAGAUUAUACAGAACCUGGAGAUGAAUUAGAUCCUGGUAGUCCUUUAAGACGAACUAGUCGUAAUUUAGAUGAUGAUACAAUGGAUAAUUUACCACUACCAGAAGGAGUACUUACAACAAAUUCAGGCCUAGAUGUUGUUGUUGUUAUUACAAAAACUGAUUAUAUGUCUACUCUUGAGAAAGAACAUGAUUAUAAGGAUGAACAUUUCGAUUUUAUACAACAAUGGAUAAGACGAUUUUGUUUGCAAUAUGGUGCAGGAUUAUUCUAUACAUCAGCAAAGGAAGAUAAAAACUGUGAUUUGCUUUAUAAAUACCUUACACAUAGAAUUUAUUCAUUACCAUUUAGAACACCUGCUUUAGUUGUUGAAAAAGAUGCAGUUCUUAUACCCGCUGGUUGGGAUAAUAUGAAAAAGAUCAGCAUUCUUCAUGAAAAUUUGCAAUCAAUGAAACCAGAUGAUUACUACAGAGAUGUUAUUGCACAACCAUCAAUAAACAGAAAAUGUGUAGCUAGAGAAGUAGAAGUACAAGCAGAAGAAGAACAAGCUUUUUUGGCGAAACAACAAGCUGCAUUAUUAGGUAUAAAAGAUCCAACGCGAUCUCCCACAACCAGGAAUCAGGCAAGCACUGGACCAAUUAUUCAGGUUGCAUCACCAAAUAAAAAGUUGGAUCCCAAAGGUACUGGAGCUACACAAUCUGGAGAAGGCGUUCUAGCUAACUUCUUCAAUUCUCUUCUUCACAAAAAGACUGGAAGCCCUGGAUCACCAGGUACUGUAGGCACAAGUCCAAUAAAAAUUGAUAAUGCAUCAGUAGAUAAAGCAACUAUGUGUAAUGAUGCUGCAGUGGAAUUAGAUCGACUUACUCGAACGAAGAAAAUUUCUCCUCCCAAUUUAAAUUCGUCAUCUGAAUGUUAAGGAAAUAUAUUUUCUUUGCGACCCAUAUAUUGAAUUUUAAGUCAUAAAUAUCAGUAAUAUAAUGUUUUAAGAGUAAUUGAGUAAAUGUGAAAUAUAUUUACAUGAUUUGCAUCACAGAAUCUGCAAUGUUUAAAGUUGAUAUAGAAAUUGUUUUUUCAUAUUGGCAUAUAUUUACUAAUUUGAUAUAAUGCAUAGUAACUUAAAAAGAUUUUAUUUUAAUUUAUUAUUUUUUAUGUUAUGUAUUACGGUUUAAAAUAUUUAUCGCUUACUAAUUUAAUACAAUUAUUUUAAAAACUAUUCACGAUUUUUAAUAACUCAUUGUAAACAAUAAAAUACUUGUAACAAGUUUUUAAUUGACAACUAAUGAUCAUAUUGUGCAAAGCACAAAUACUUAAUUAAAUUUAUUUAAAUAAAAAUAUAUAACAUUAUAAUUUAUGAAAUUUUAUAGCAUAUUAUAAAAUGGAGCACAACUGCAUAAUUUAAAAUAAUUUUUUCUUUAAUUUUUAAAAAUAAUCAUUUUUAGAUUGUAGAUUGCACAUUUUUUAUGUAUAAUUGUUUGCACAUUCUUAGUAUUAUGGUUCUUUUGGUAUUGAGUACACAGUAUUACAACUGUUUAUUAUGAAUGUGCAAUAAAAAAUUCAAUUAUAUUUGAAUGGGUCGCAAAGAAUUGGAAUUAAUCAAUAAGAAUAGUUGAAUUCGAUUCAGAAACGAAUGCGGUACUGAGAAAUAGAAAAUAACGAAAUGUGACAUGACAUCAAUCUUGUCUGUUGUGUCUCACUCUCAAUAACAAUACAAAAUUGCUAGAAUGUUAUUAAUGUAAUUAAAUAUUUAAUAUAGUAAUACAUUCUAAUUAUGCUUACGCACAUGUCCCUACAUCUUGUUAUAGUAAAUUAUUUAAUAAUUGUCUACGAGUAAUGGAAAGGAUUUUUUUUACUGCUCUUUAAUAGUUUCGUUUCUUCUUUAAAUAAACAAAUAGUUCUAUUUAUAUAAUAUUGUUCUCGUUGAUGAAAGUUGGCUGAGUAAUUCUCUCCUGUUUAAUUCGGUCUAAUUUAUCAAGUGCCGUUACUGUAACGUAAUUGAGUCAUUCGAAUGUGUGAGAUAGUAUUUUAUAUGAAUGUUAGAUUUAGAAGAGAUUUCUUAACUAAAGACACGGGUUUGUCUUUGGUUUGAAAAUAAUUCGUAGUAUGGUUAUAAAUCGAAUGAAACUCUGGAGUGUAUGGUUACGAAUCAUGUGAAACUUCUUUGUCAACUUUUAAAAGAAUUUUAUGUGAAAGGGAAAAUCUGUAAAUUCAGUUACUAAUAUGGCUUUCUGUAUAUGAAAUAAUUAAAAUUCUUGAUCAAAAAUAAAUAAUUUUUCAUAAA